ACAAUGCGCAUGCGCUGUUUUGUGUAUUCAAGCUAAACAACAUGGCGGCGAAACGAAUCGAGAUCUUUAUUUGAGUUUAUAAAACGCCUUCGACGAGGAUAGCAACUAAUUGGCUAUAUGUAUACAAUAAUACUUCUGAAAUAGAGAGGUAAUUGUUUAUAUAUAUAUUUGUUUUUAGUAUUUUGUGAAAACAUGAAUUGUACCACGAACGUAGUGCAGGUGACGAACGUGUCGCCAAGCACAACAUCCGAGCAGAUGCGAAUGCUGUUCGGGUUUCUUGGAACCAUUGAAGAACUCAAAUUGUUUCCACCAGAUGAGUCGCCUCUGCCAGUGACGUCGCGUGUGUGUUUUGUGAAGUUCAAAGAGUCCGAGUCCGUGGGGGUGUCUCAACAUCUGACCAACACAGUCUUCGUGGACAGGGCGCUGAUCGUCGUCCCUUUUGCCGAAGGUUGGUGAUUUGUUCUUCCCUUUCUGUAUGAAUGAUCCUUGAUUGUAUAAUGUAGUGAUGAGAGAGUGACGCCUGACGCCCCCAUUGAUUUCAGGAUGGAGUGAUAUGAGCCUGUGGCUUGAUCCACUGUUAAGAGUGUAUCCUAACUAUUUCAGAUUAUAUCAGUUUCACUUGCUUUGGCAAUGUAAACAUAUGUUUCCCAUGCCAAUAAACCCCAUUGAAUUGAAUAGUAACCAUUUUUGAUCUGACAAGCCUAUCUGAUUCUGUGAUCAAUGAUGUCAUGCCACUCUUUCUGUCCUAUCUUGUACGACCCCUCUGCUAAUUGCAAGGAGAGAGGUGUCUAUACCAGCUCUCACAACCCAGACCCUUGGUAUACUGUGGAACUAAAGACCAUACCUAUAACCAUACACGUAUGUCUUGUAUAAAGUUUCUGCCACACUGUAAGGUCAUAAUGUCUUCCAUGAUGCAUUGGACUUGGUAGACACUAAACAACACAGAUGACCUUGAGUAGUCUGUAGUAGUCUCCAGAGCCAAUUCUUUGUCCUCCUCCACCAGUAAGCACAGUAUACCAAGGUCUGCUUUAGGGACUGGGACUUGCUCCGACUGAGAGGGCUGAACAAGCCCAGACCCAUGGGCAGACAGACGCACCUCCUCCAAAGAAAGCAGAGAUGAACUUACAUGUGUAUAAAAACUUAACCAUGCUUUUUAUUUUCUCCCCCAUAUUGGACUAUCCUCUAUUAAACUUCUCUCUGUUAUUUGUGUGUGUGAUUUGUUGUAGUGGAGAAGGCAAAAGCAGAGCCCCCUCCUUGAUGGCUGAAAGUGGUCCUCUGCCUGCCAACAGGGGAUUGUAGGCAUUUACAAAAGGCCAGCAAGCGUUCAAGCAGCCCCCCCAGACCCUUCUCUUUCUCUUUUUUCCUGUGUCCUUUCUUCUCUUUCUCUCUCAUUUUCUCUUCUUUAGGGUAUUUUAGUUUAAAUUGAAUGCAGUAGCAUAUAUACUACUGUUAAUACUAUAAUGCAUAUCACAUGUAUUACACAAAUAUUUCUUGACUGCUCACAAGUACAUAUUUAUCAAAACAGGUGUGUUAAUAAUCUGACCUGUAUAAUGUCCAAUCUGGUUUUCUCAUUGGAUCCAAGUGGUAAGAAAGUUAACCAUAGCAGAGUAACAGAACAGUAAACUAUACACUUCUCAAUAACACAGCUAUUGGUAUACCUGCAUUUCAUAUUUUUUCACCUUUAGCGUUAAGGCACUUCCUGGUUUGGGGAAUUGGGUGACCAAUGGUAUCCAAUUUAAAUUUAGCAAGAAAUUACAUGCACUCACUCACCACUCUGUCCCUGAAAUUGGCGGAUUAAAAUAGCAAAUCUCUGUGUUUUCUAUGUUGUACUUUAAGGUUCCUGACUGUAUCUAGUUGUUAAUUGUCUUAGAUAUCCACCCCACAUGGCAAUGGCAACUGGUUCAGUGCUCUCUCUUUAACAGUGGUCUUUCUUUUUUGUUGUUGUGUUUUACAGUUCUUUUUCCUGGCUCAGCCAGUCCUGUAUACCAGGCCCCGCUGAAAAUACCACCCAACCGUUUUGUCUCCUGCAGCUAAAUUCUCUCCCCCGUGUGCCCUUUUUAAAUGUUGUUUGUGAGUGUGUUUGUGUGUCUUCUGUAAAAAAAAAAAAUGUUAUUUUUGCUAUUGUAUCUUGAUUAAGAUAUUGUAUGUUUUCUUUUUUUAGGUAGCAAUGGCAACAUUGAGAUCUGAAACCAUAGUUUUUUUUUCUGAUCACUAUGUUAGGCAAACAAGCUAAUCUAAUGUUGCCAAGUUGAUUUUACACUUAAAUAAAAGGCAUUGGUUCAUUUGUUGCAUAUUUAAUGCAGUGACAGGUAAGGUUCUUGGGAGCGUAGAUAUCACCUACCCAAAAUGUGAAUGCUAGCUGGGUUUUUUUUCCUACUUAUAACUGUAUUGCUGGUAAGUAGUAGAAAAUGUCAGUAAUCAUUGUUGACCUCCAACUCUCUGAAAUUCUUUUUGUUUUGUGUAUCUCGAUUUUUCUCUGUGUGCUCCUUAGUAGUGAAGCCGCCAACGUGAGUCGCUUGUUCAAUCUAUAUGAAAAUUGAGAGCACACCCCACUGGAGAAGCCGCUGUGCUAGCUAACGUUUGGUUCAUGACUUAAAAAACACGUUCAGGCGUUAUCCCGGAGGAGGCUAAAGCUUUGUCACUGCUGGCGCCAGCAAAUGCUGUUGCAGGGAUUCUGCCCGGAGGAGGCCUCCUUCCAACACCAAACCCCAUGUCUAAUCCACAGAUGGGUGGCAAUCCUUUCGGCGGUCCCUCCUUGGAAGCGAUGGCAGCGUUCGGGUUUCCAAACCCCAAUAUGAAUAUGAACCCCCAGUCAUUUCCCACUGACCAGCUUCUGAAGUUUAUGUCGCAGGUGGAUCCAAAAAUGAACCACAUGGGUGUAGGGAUGAACAUGAACAUCAACAUGAAUCCGGGCCUGAAGGCAGACUCCUCCAACAAAGAGAUAGAAGAGGCCAUGAAGAGGGUCAGAGAGGCUCAGUCACUCAUCUCUGCUGCCAUCGAGCCUGGGAACAAGGAGAGCAAGAGGAAGCACUCGCGUUCCAGGUCUAGGUCUAGACGCAGAAGGUCCCGUUCUCGCUCCAGACACAGGCGUUCAAAGAGCAGGUCAAGGCGACGCUCGCACUCCAGGAACAGGAGGCGCUCCAAGAGCCCCCGAAGGAGGAGUGGGAGGUCCCACUCCAAAGACCGGAGCAGACCAUCACCAAGCAAGUCCAGGGAUAGGAAGAAGGAGGAGCGGGAUAAAAAGCGCUCCAAAACACCUCCGAAAAGCUACAGUACUGCCAGGAGGUCUCGCAGUAUCGAUCGAAAGCGGAGAAGGACUCGCAGUGCCAGCCGAUCUCCUAAGAAAUCCCCCAAGAGGAAAGUCUCCAGGACUCCCUCUCCUAGAAGACAUAAGAAGGAGAAGAAGAGGGACAAGGAAAGAGAGAAGGACCGUGAGCGCAGGAGUGAUAAAGACCGCAGUCGGGAUGAAAGGAAGGAAAAGAAAGAAAGGAGUAAAGACAAAGAAAAGGAAAGGGAGAAAACUGACGGGGAGAAAGGAGAUGGAAAGACGUCUUUGCAGGUCACCAGAGACUAUGAUGAGGAAGAGCAGGGCUACGACAGUGAGAAGGAGAGGGAGAGGCUGGACAAGAAAGAGUCCGACCAGGACUCCGGAGCCCAGUCUCCUCACUCGGUGGAAGGCAAUGGCACUGGGCUUUCCAAAGUCAACGGAGACGACCACCGUGAAGAAGACGACAUGGAUGUCAGUGAUUGAGUCACCCAAUAAUAGAGACCGAUGUAUAGACCUCUAUGUACCCAACCCUCCAUUGUACCAAAACCUCCAUGCCCCACCGAGCUUACUGUAUUUGGGCUUCAUUCAACUCGAUCCUUCUUUAUCUCAGUUCAAUUGUUAGUUUUCCUUUUGGAUUGACGAGACAAAAUCGAUCAAGUAGAAGACGAACCGAAAGAUUAACCUGAAGAUUUUUCUGUUUUGUCAUUUUGUGUAUGUAUUAUAAUGAUUUGGUCCUAUUUUGAUGGUGAAAAUGUGAAAAGGGUUGGUUGAAACUUUUAUUGCUGUAAUUUGAUAGUGGAUUCUAUUUGGCAAAGUGUGCGACUUGAUUUUCUUUUUUCAAGCAGAGCUUUGAUGAUGAUGAUGAUAAUGGCUUUUGUGUAUUUUUUUGUUGUUUAAAUCUAGUUUCUACACAUUGCUAGGAGCGGAAGCAGCCAGUUACACUGCUUAACAAGUUCACCGUAUGUCCAUUUUCAUCAGACAACAUGGCUGCUACAUAGAACAGUGCUGUGGACUUAGCUUUUUAUUAUUGAGCUUCUGUACGGAAGUCGCCUCAAUAAAUUCACCAUCUAUUUUCUGUCACUCCUAUACGUGGUAUAUUGUGUUUAUAUCCCAUCCGUUAUUAUACGGAAGAUGUAUACUUAUACUGGGUCUUGUGGCGCCAAAAUAAUCUGUCCUAUCUCUCACCUAUUCACAAUACCCAGUAGAUCUGAUGCUCGUUGUAAUUCUUAAAGUUUGUAUUGU